AUGACGGCAUACGGUGCAGUGAAUUCUUUGAGGAAUACAAUUGAUUACAUUCUCCAUUCUUCUUAUUUUAACCUCGUUGAGCCCUCUCCACAGAUCAUACAACUCGCCUACAACGAGUUGGAUCCGUUGCAAGAAAUUCUUGAAAGAUUGGACAGGACAAGAACAAGCAAGAGCAGGAAGAAGGUGAAUGCUUUGGAUGGAAGAAUCAAAGAGUUGAUUUGGGAAUUCCAAGAUUUAUUGGAAUCUCUUCUCUACCAUCAGAUUUUUUCACAAUUUCAUGCAGACCAAGUAUAUGAAGAAAUGAAAUCGAGAGUCCAAGGCUUUUUGGAAUCUCUUCCCUCACAGCCACAGAUUCUAUUCCAAAGCCCUCCUCCACACCACACUACCACAAGAACCCAAAGAGUGCUGCACUAUUUCAAACCUAAAAGACUGCUGCACUAUUUCAAACCCAAAGGAAGAAAAUUCAUCGCGCCAAGAUUCUCCAUUGAUCUGCAAUUCCUACAGCAUGAGGUUCCUUCCUUCAUCCAGAGGCUCAAGGAUAUGGAGGAGGAAUACAUUUAUGAAGUACAAAAUAUGCCCGAAGACGAUGAUGACGAAUCUAUUUCAACAAGAACUCGGACCAAGUCCAUGAUGAUUGGAUUAUCGGAUCAACUCGAACAACUCAAAGAUUAUAUGAUGAUGAGUUACGACAACAGGCUUGUAACCGUCGGAAUUGUUGGAACUGCAGGCGUUGGGAAGACUGCUCUUGCUGAGGCAGUUUUUGAAGAUCCUGAUAUCUUGAGCCAUUUUGAGCACCGCGUGUGGGUAAGGGUAGGCAAGAAAUCUCAAUUCGACGAUGUUUCACGAGAGAUUCUAGCUCAAAUGUUUAGAAUCUCACAAGGAGAUCACGAAUUAGGUGCCUGCUUCAAAGAAAGACUGCAGGCCAGGAACUGCCUCAUUGUGCUCGAUGAUGUGUGGGAGAGACAGAUAAUGGAUUCCUUGUUGAGUUCCUUACAAAACAUCAAUAAUGGAUCAAUUCGUAUCUUGGGUACUACUCGAGAUCGAAACACAAAUGUCUCAAUGGAUUGGAUAUUAGUGCGAUUUUUGAACGAAGAAGAAAGCAAGGAGCUACUAUGCCAAAAGGUGUUUGGUGAAAAGGAUUGCCCUUUUCAACUUGACAAAGCCGCCACCAAAAUUGCCAAGAACUGUGAAGGUCUUCCUCUCACGAUUGUAACAGUGGCUGACAUCCUAUCAAAAUCCCAUAAUACAGACCCAAAAUACUGGGAGGAUGUAGCAGAAAUGCGAAAUUCAGUCUUCACGGAUGCAUAUAAUGAGAUAUCAAAGGUACUUUACCCAAGUUAUGAAUACUUACCUCAAUAUCUUAAAAUGCCUUUUCUGUAUAUGGGAGUCUUCCCUCCAGAUUAUGACAUCCCCAUAUCCAAGAUCAUGAAUAUGUUGGCUACUGAAGGCUGGUUUCAUAACACACAAAAAAAACAAUCUUUGGAGGAUUCUGUGUGGAAAUGCUUGAAGGAGCUUUGUGUGAAUGCCAGCAUUUGUACUAUCUUGAAACUCUUCAGAAGAGUUCCUUGUUUAAAGAAAUUAGGAGUUCAUAUCGAGCUGACGCCUUAUGAUGACCAUAAUGAUUUGUUAAGAUGUGUUGGUCAUAUUUCAACACUUGGAAGUUUGGAGACAUUGAAAUAUAGUAUCAUAAAUCCUGUGGUUAAGUAUGAUUAUGCUUUUCGUAGUUCAUUGAUGAAGUUGCCACGUCGAUUGAAAAAGUUACAUUUGAGUGGCAUGGGUUUCCCUUGGAAUUACAUGGAUGUAAUUGGCUCUUUGCCAUUACUUGAAGUGCUCAAAUUGCGAGCCUACGCCUUUCGGGGUUCAAAGUGGGAAGCGCAAGAGACAAGUUUUUUGAAACUUAAGUUUCUUCUAAUUGAAGACAGUGAUUUGGUGCAAUGGAAACCAAGAUCUGGAAGCUUUCCUAAUCUUAUGUACCUAAGCAUGAAACAUUGCUACAAACUAGAAGAGAUCCACUGGCUGUUUCAUUAUAGGUUCGGAACUAUUGAAUUAGUGAACUGCAAUCCUGUAGCUUUGACUUGGCUCAAGCAAUUACGACCGGAUCCAUUUACUAUGAUUGAUGUUACUGCCACUUAUUCUUUUGACGAGAAACCCGUUACUAUCAAGUUUAGAAGGUACUGCAACUGCUGA